AUGAGUCUGGCUCAGAUGCGGUCUCGCCUUGGAACCUGGGUGGCUGUCAUAUGUCCGGCGACUACCUUCACACCGGCCGUCGUGAAGGAGUAUUGUGUCGGCAAGGUCCGGGAGGAAGACAUGAACAUGGCGUCUACAGAAUGCGCCGAGGUCAUGUUCAGCAUAGUGACUAAUGCGCAGUAUGGCGAUGGCCAGGUCGUUGAGGAGAUGCAGUUUGGCACCAAGGAGAUACCGGACGUAAAAGUGCGCGUUGUGCCUUACGGCACCCUGCUGCCGCCCAUUGACCCCAGUGGUGACUUCAGUGGCAAGAACAUCAUGAUCGAGGAGGAGAAGGUCUGGGAGAAACUAAAGACGAAGGGCAUGAGACCUUGA